GGGGCCAACGGGACUGUUCUCUAUGAGCUGCGCGACAUCCGCCUAACUGGAAAUAUCUUUCAGAGCUCCCCACCCCGUCUACCUCGCUUUAGAUUAGCCACUUAUUCUGGCGAACUCUCUGUCCAAGCGGCAGAUUAUCCUCUCCUGGACCGAGAGGUAAUUGACGGUUUCGUAUUGGUAAUCAAGCUUUCCGAUAUAGGCACACCCUUCCGCUUAACGGGGCUACAUGAGGUAGCAGUGCGGCUGCUGGACGUGAAUGAUAACCAGCCUUUGUUCGUGGAUCCCCUUUCGGAGAUGCUGAUCGCGAAAGAUAAGGAGGACGAUGUGACUUUGUUAGAUCGCAUGCCUUGGUACUACAGCACGGAGACAACGUCCGGCUUCUGGACUCAGCUGCGAGCUUUCGAUCCAGAUCUCGGUGAAAACCGGACAACACGUUUUACUGUACUCGACAACCCCCCCUAUCACCCGCCUGUGGCAGCAGACAUGGUAUUCCUCAGCGCUACAGAUAUUUCAGUCUUCGAUGACGGCCGAAUCUGGGUGGAAGAGAAGCUUUUGAAGAGCACUGUGAAAACUGCGGUCUUUAUCCGCGUUUUAGAUGGAGGUAAACAGCGUCAACUGUUUUCUGAUGCCUGUCUUCAAAUAAAUCCGGACUUUUCAGCCCGGGAGUUUAAAACCGCAACAGCAGACGUCUCGCAUGGGCCCGAUCACUUGCGCGAUUUCAGCCGACGACAUGCCAGUCUCAACAGACAUCCCCUCAGUCUGCCGCUCAGCAAGUUGCGUCUUGCACAGUUUUUCACUUCAUAA